AUGCCAACCGCUGAUAAACCCCACCGAAGAAGAAGAAGACCUGUGACAUAUCUGGGUUAUCAUUUCUGUCUGUGCAUAAACUCUUUAGACGUGCCAGUCCUGUGAGAGAUUGAUUGUCAUUUGAUUUCAAUGGUUUUAUCGGGCUGAACCGUCAUUAGAAGUAUACCGGUUUUUGUAUUUUGACUUGCGGUGCUGUUGUUGUUAAACAGCUAACGUUAGUGGCAUGCUUCUCACUGGCAGUGCUAGCGGUUGGCUAACAUAGCCAGCUAGCUAUCUAGUUGCCAUUCAUUGAUUCUGACUUUCUGUUUUUAUUUUCGUUAACUGGUUGGCGAGCUAACGUUUAUUAGCGUACUAGUUAUUCGAGAUAACUAGCUAGUUGCUUUGAUUAAGGCUAGCUAGCAAGGUUACUGAUUUAACUGCGACGAUGCUAUGGUCAGUUUAUGACAAGAUGUUGGACAACCAAAAUCUAGCUACCUAGCUAAAGUUACAAUUAAAUAAUGGGAGGUUUAGUUGACUAAUUGUAUUUGAAGAAGUAAGCUAGAGGGAGCUAGUGGUUUAAAUGGCAAAAAUAGAACCAGGCAAUGGACUUAAGUCAGCAGAGUCCCGCAAAAGUUUGCGGGGCACGACAGAAAGUCUGGCACUGACAGAUGGAGAAGGCAACCUCUUCGGCUCGGACUCGGAACUAAAUGUCUAUACCAGUGAGAGACAGACGGAUAAAUAUGGAUUUAUUGGGGGUGCACAACAAUAUUCAGAACAAUCAGCUGAAAACAUCCCUCCUGAGGUGCUGAGGCAGAGGGAGGCCAAAUGGCUGGACAUGCUCAACAACUGGGACAAGUGGAUGGCAAAGAGACACAAGAAGAUGAAGCUGCGCUGUCAGAAGGGCAUACCCCCCUCUCUGAGAGGCCGGGCGUGGCUCUACCUGUCUGGAGGAAAGGUGAAGAGGGAGCAGCACAAGGGCAAAUUUGAGGAGCUGGACAGCCAGGCAGGAGACCCUAAGUGGGUGGAUGUGAUAGAGAGGGACCUCCACAGACAGUUCCCCUUCCAUGAGAUGUUUGUGGCAAGAGGAGGCCAUGGGCAGCAGGACCUCUACCGUGUCCUGAAGGCCUAUACUCUGCACCGGCCAGAGGAGGGUUACUGCCAGGCCCAGGCUCCCAUUGCUGCUGUGCUGCUAAUGCACAUGCCUGCGGAGGAUGCAUUCUGGGGUCUGGUCCAGAUCUGUGAGAAGUACCUUCCCGGAUACUACAGUGCAGGGCUGGAGGCGAUCCAACUGGAUGGAGAGAUCCUGUUUACUCUGCUGAAGCGGGUGUCUCCUCUGGCUCACCGCCACCUGAAGAAGCACAAGCUGGACCCCAUCCUGUACAUGACGGAGUGGUUCAUGUGUGCCUUCUCCAGAACCCUGCCCUGGGUCUCCGUGCUGCGCGUCUGGGACAUGUUCCUCUGUGAGGGAGUGAAGAUCAUCUUCCGGGUGGGCCUGGUGGUGUUGAAGUGCAUGCUGGGCUCCCAGGACAAGCUGAAGACGUGUCAGGGCCAGUAUGAGACUAUGGAGCUGCUAAAGACCAUAGAUACACGCUACAUGCAGGAGGGGUUUCUAGUGCGGGAGAUUCUAGAGCUGCCGGUGUCAGAGCUGGACAUUGAGAAGGAGCACCUGGCAUCAGUGCGGCGCUGGAAGGAGACCCGGGGUGAGUUGCACUGCAAGUCCCUUCCCAGAAUGCACGGCGCCAAGGCCAUCAUGGCUGCCGAGCCGCCCAGUCGCCAAGACUUGAGACAGAACCCCACCAUCAUAGUUGAGUCGCCCCUGGCAACCAAGAGCAAUGGGGAGGACAAGGAAAGGAAAAAUACCAAAGAGCAGAAGAAUGGGAAGAAAAACAGCUCUCCGACCCAAGUGGCAGCCUACCUUGAACCCAGCGAGCCCUCCCCCCUCCUCAAAGACACAGCCCUGCUAGGCUCCAAUCAGAGCCUGAGCAGCACAGAGUAUGACACCUACCUGUAGCGGGUAUGGAUAGCCAUGACACCUACCUGUAGCGGGUAUGGAUAGCCAUGACACCUACCUGUAGCGGGUACGGAUAGCCAUGACACCUACCUGUAGCGGGUAGAUGUCAACACUUGUUUACUGCUCACUGACUCCAUAUCCCUAGUAUACCUUUACCCUCUGACCCAUCCCCACCUCUGCCCUGACGAUCAGGUCCCACACCUCUUGACUGACCCUUUCCAUUAUAGCCAUUUACAUCCAUAGCAAAACACUAAAACAAUUGGAAGCUUCUGGCAUAGACCAAGUAGUAGUUGUUUGUCCUCACACAUAUGCGAGAUGACAAUUCAAUCAGUUGGGAGAGUGCAGCACUAACCUUCGUUUAGUUGGCCAUACGGGUAUACAUGCACUUGGGCUGAGGGUAGAUUGAGCUCAGUGGCAGGCUGUGUAAUCAUAUCAGUUCAUUAUCUCAAUCUUUUCUCACUGAAGAAGUCUUAGACUGAGUCCAUAUCAGAUGACAUAACUAUGAAGUCUGCUUAGCCAAGAGAUCUGGAGGCUGGACCACUGCCUAUUUACGUAUUCCACCUAAUAUAUACUGUAGUAUGAGACACUACAUUGCCAACACACACCAAUCCAGCAUUGUUAGAUUUAGUUCUCAGUCACAGGGAAUGUCAAUUAAAUUGUAAUCCCAGCAGAAUAUUUUGACUCCCAUAGGUUGCCAACAUACUGUAUAAAGAUGAAUGCUAUUGUCAUUCACUCAUUGGCGCAUCCUUUCUCUCUGUUUGUAGUGGAUGUUGAUGAACACUAGAGGGCUCUGUGGGGCAUUUUCCUGCCCUGACCAAUGAAAGAACUCGAUUGACUGGUUGAGGGAAAAUUAAUCAUCUCUAUAUCAUCGUCAGUUUUAAAUGAAGGAAAUUAACAUUUGCUGGACAAUUCCUGUCACUAGACCAAAGCUUGAUGUUUUGACAUAUAGUAUGUGUUGUAAGAGCCAUGUUGUCUGAAUUAUUCCUGAGUGUGUUUUUGAUUCUUUCCUGAGCUCCAGAGAACAGAGUGUGUGGUCAUGCAGUGGGAGAAACAUGGUAGAAUGCCAGUCGAUAGACCACUCCUAUCAUACUCAGCCAUGUCGAUUUCAUUUAGCCGUUUUGAUGAGAAGUAUAAGCUACUUGUGUAUAGCUGUUUAUUAACUCUGCACAAUUUCUUUGUAUACAAUCAUCUAUGUUUCACAUAAAUGUGUGUCACGGUCAAAUAUUUUCCUGUAGAUAAGAUUACACCUGCUGAAAUUGACGUUUCUGAAGGGAAGAACUGGGUAAAAAAAUUAUUGUACAUUUUUGUAUGGUAAAAGGAUGAUUUCCAUAAAAAUUGCUGUAGAUUUUCACACUUGCACAUAGCGUAGUAUAAAAUGUAAUAUACUAUAGAUUUUAUAUUUGUCUAAGAUGAAGCACUUUGUCCCUGGUCAAUCCCUUUAAGAAUAGAAUGAACAAUAACAUUUAGUUUGUCUUCUCUAAAAUUGUCCGUGUGUGUGUGUAUAUACACUGAACAAAAAUGUAAACACAGCAUGUAAAGUGUUGGUUUCAUGAGCUGAAAUAAAAAAUCCCAGAAAUUUUCCA